UUUGCUGUCAACCAUGCCCCAGCUAAGGCAGUGGUGGUCUAUCACACUGAAGAUAUGAGCUGCUCCCUCACAAGAUGUCCCAGAGCAGUGUGGGUGCUCCCUCCACCAUGUCCCAGUCUCCCCUACUACCUCCUGUCCUCCCACACCCUCUCACUGGCCACUCUCUCCCUCUCUCGGGAACAGUUUGUCAGCAAGUUGCUGAUGUAUGGGAGUGCAGUGGUGGCAGAGGAGGUGUGUCGACUG